GGGCAGGGAGGAGGGGGUACGCCUCUGCGGGCGGGGCGCGCAGCCCGCCGUCUCGGAGGCCGAGGCUUGACCGAGAGCUACGGAGGACUGUUCGACUGCCCAGCACCUCGGCAGUGCCACUGCCAGGCCGGACUCUGCGGGGACCUGAGGGGCGCCACGAGCGGCAGCGAGCCGCCUCCCCCCGUCCCGGGUGGGAGCGGUGGUUGGGCCCGGCUGCGGCAGAGCGUUCUCUCGGAGAUGGCGGAGCCGCCGCGACGCGGCCCGAGGCCCCGAGAGCUGGGAAGCCUGGCAGCCCCGGGACGCGGUGGAGCCCGGGGACAGCGGGGACGCCGCCUUGUCCGCCGGGUGUGAAGCCGACAUGCAGUGGGUUAAGAGCACCGGCUGUGGAGCUUGACAGGCCUGACUUUGAAUACUAGUUCCUCCACUGACUGACUGAGCUGUGUGAUCCUGGACAAGUUUCUAAGCUUCUCUGGACCUCAAAUUACUCACAUGUAAAAUGGGGAUAAUAAUAGUGUCUGCCUCUUACCUACCUUCUAGGGCUGAUGUGAGCAUUAAAUAUGUGGAAAGCUCUUGGAAGAAUGUCUAACAAAGAGAGCUUUUUUUUGGAGAACAAAUCAUCCUGUGAGCAGGAGAUAGUAAGGGCAGGGAAUAUGAACUUUCUUGACCUCUAAUGUGAGGAGCUCAGCAGGACAAGAGUGGAGCCUGGCUAGAUUUGCAUCCUGAAGCCAUGGGCCAGGGGGCCAUGGUGACUUGAGACCUGUGGACUCUGUCCAAUUGCCCCUUGUUGCCCUUUCUAAUUCCCCUACCCUAAAGUAAGGGGACUUGGCUCCAGCUUGUCAGAGAACUGACCCUGAGGAAGUCGUUUCCCCUUAUUUUCCCAUCCUGCCCUCCUAAGAGAGCCCCAGCCUAUAGAACUCCUACCUCCCAUCCCCUGAGGUAGACCCCAUCCCUGCCUUCCCUUCCCCGCCAUGCUCAAGCUGUGGAAGGUGGUACGCCCAGCUCGGCAGCUGGAACUGCACCGACUCAUACUGCUGCUGAUCGCUUUCAGUCUGGGCUCCAUGGGCUUCCUGGCUUACUACGUAUCCACCAGUCCCAAGGCCAAGGAACCCUUGCCCCUGCCCUUGGGAGACUGCAGCAGUGGUGGGGCAGCUGGCCUGGGCCCUGUACAUCCUCCAGUCCCACCACGGCCUCCCAGGCCACCAGAGACAGCUCGAACUGAACCUGUGGUCCUUGUGUUUGUGGAGAGUGCAUAUUCACAGCUGGGGCAGGAGAUUGUGGCCAUCUUGGAGUCUAGUCGUUUUCGUUACAGCACUGAGCUGGCACCCGGCCGAGGGGACAUGCCCACACUGACUGAUCAUACCCGUGGCCGCUAUGUCUUGGUCAUUUAUGAAAACUUGCUCAAGUAUGUCAACCUGGAUGCCUGGAGUCGGGAACUGUUAGACCGGUACUGUGUGGAGUACGGUGUGGGCAUCAUUGGCUUUUUUCGAGCCCAUGAACAUAGCCUACUGAGUGCCCAGCUCAAGGGCUUUCCCCUUUUCCUACACUCAAACUUGGGGCUCCGGGACUACCAAGUGAAUCCUUCUGCCCCCUUACUGCAUCUCACACGCCCCAGCCGCCUGGAACCUGGGCCACUUCCUGGUGAUGACUGGACCAUCUUCCAAUCCAAUCAUAGCACAUAUGAACCAGUGCUUCUUGCCAGCCUUCGGCCAGCUGAGUCCCCUGUGCCAGGACCAGUGCCUCGCCGGACCCGGCUUCCCACUGUCAUACAGGACCUGGGGCUUCAUGAUGGCAUCCAGCGGGUGCUCUUUGGCCAUGGCCUUUCCUUCUGGCUCCACAAACUUGUUUUUGUUGAUGCUGUUGCGUACCUCACUGGCAAGCGCCUCUGCCUAGACGUUGACCGCUACAUCUUGGUAGACAUUGAUGACAUCUUUGUGGGCAAAGAAGGUACCCGCAUGAAGGUGGCUGAUGUUGAGGCUCUAUUGACCACCCAGAACAAACUCAGGACCUUAGUCCCCAACUUCACUUUCAACUUGGGCUUCUCGGGCAAGUUCUAUCACACCGGGACAGAGGAGGAGGAUGCGGGGGAUGACAUGCUGCUGAAGCACCGCAAAGAGUUCUGGUGGUUCCCCCACAUGUGGAGCCACAUGCAGCCACACCUGUUCCACAAUCGCUCCGUGCUGGCCGACCAGAUGAGGCUCAACAAACAGUUUGCUCUGGAGCAUGGGAUUCCCACGGAUCUGGGGUAUGCUGUGGCCCCCCACCACUCGGGUGUAUACCCCAUCCACACGCAGCUCUAUGAGGCCUGGAAAUCUGUGUGGGGCAUCCAGGUGACCAGCACUGAGGAGUAUCCCCAUCUCCGCCCUGCCCGCUACCGCCGUGGCUUCAUUCACAAUGGCAUUAUGGUAUUGCCACGGCAGACGUGUGGACUCUUCACUCACACAAUCUUCUAUAAUGAAUAUCCUGGAGGCUCUCGUGAACUAGACCGGAGCAUUCGAGGUGGAGAGCUCUUUCUGACAGUUCUACUUAAUCCGAUCAGCAUUUUUAUGACCCAUCUGUCCAAUUAUGGAAAUGAUCGGCUGGGCCUGUAUACCUUUGAGAGCCUCGUGCGUUUCCUCCAGUGCUGGACACGGCUGCGCCUACAGACCCUUCCUCCCGUCCCUCUUGCACGAAAGUACUUUGAACUGUUCCCUCAAGAGCGAAGCCCCCUUUGGCAGAAUCCCUGUGAUGACAAGAGGCACAAAGAUAUCUGGUCCAAGGAGAAAACCUGUGAUCGGCUACCCAAGUUCUUGAUUGUGGGACCCCAGAAGACAGGGACCACAGCUAUUCACUUCUUCCUGAGCCUGCACCCAGCUGUGACUAGCAGCUUCCCUAGCCCCAGCACCUUUGAGGAGAUUCAGUUCUUCAACGGCCCUAAUUACCACAAGGGCAUUGAUUGGUACAUGGACUUCUUCCCUGUCCCUUCCAAUGCCAGCACUGACUUUCUCUUUGAAAAAAGUGCCACCUACUUUGACUCAGAGGUUGUACCACGUCGGGGGGCUGCCCUUCUGCCACGAGCCAAGAUCAUCACUGUGCUCACCAACCCUGCUGAUAGGGCCUACUCCUGGUAUCAGCACCAGCGAGCACAUGGAGACCCAGUUGCUCUGAAUUAUACCUUCUACCAGGUGAUUUCAGCCUCCUCUCAGGCCCCUCUGGCACUUCGCUCCCUGCAGAACCGCUGUCUUGUCCCUGGCUACUAUUCCACCCAUCUGCAGCGCUGGCUGACUUACUACCCCUCUGGACAGUUGCUGAUUGUGGAUGGGCAAGAGCUGCGUAUCAACCCAGCUGCCUCAAUGGAGAGCAUCCAGAAGUUCCUGGGUAUCACACCCUUUCUGAACUACACACGGACCCUCAGGUUUGAUGAAGAUAAGGGAUUCUGGUGCCAGGGACUUGAAGGUGGGAAGACUCGCUGUCUAGGCAAGAGCAAAGGCCGGAGGUAUCCAGAUAUGGACAAUGAGUCCCGCCUUUUUCUAAUGGAUUUUUUCCGGAACCACAAUUUGGAUCUGUCGAAGCUGCUAAGCCGGCUUGGACAGCCAGUGCCCUCAUGGCUUCGGGAAGAACUGCAACAUUCCAGUCUGGGCUGAUGUCCAGGCCUCCCGUACCAGCAAAAGCCCCCCGCUCCCCUAAAGGGCAAGCCCAGAGCAGGGCCCACAAGGGGUAUUAGAGUGGUCCAGCCCCUGCCACUUCUACCUCAGUGGCCCCCAGGCCUGGGAUGGCUGAGAAGGAAAGGGCAGUCCUUUCCCGUAGCUCUGGGGUCUUAUAAAGGGGCUUUCCUUGAUACCCCACAUCAUGGUACUAGGCACCUUUGACCCAUGGUCUUCGAAGGUGGGCAGGAGUGAAAAAGGUUCCAGGCAGGUGUAGAGGAACUUAUUAUCCAAUGAUUUCCCUCUUCAUUCUCAGCAGUAUAUCUGUCUAUACCUGGCUAUGGGAGGGACACCCCCCCCCCUACUGUGGGAUCAAUGGGAUCUACCUGUGGCCCGGCCUCCCUAAUGUCAUUCACAUUGAAUGGGGAUGGGGCCGGACAGUGGCUCAUAGAGCUGAGUAUGAGCCCUAGCUGUGGGCUAGAAAUGUCCUUAAUAAACAUCCUUAUUUUUCUGUUU